GCCUAACACAUAUGAGCUGAUAGUGACGGACUCCAGUACGGCCUACCCCGUGGGCACGCACCUCCUGGCCGACCUCGACAACCAGACCGCGGUGGAUCACGUCUGCGGCUCCCUGACGCCGUCCGAGGAGUGCGGGCCCUGGCAGUCUUGCUGCAGGAGCGCCGAUCUGUGCUGCGAGCACCAGAAGGCGGACGGGCCCAGGCCCCAAACGGUAAGAACAUGGGGGCCGCAAGCCUACAAGUAAAUGUCCACUCUGGGUUGUUUUUUGUUUUUUUUUUCAACCGACGGGGUGUUCUUGAAAUGUGUUGUCAAGGAAGUCAAGCACAUGCAUGGUGUUUAAUUGAAAUGUGUUGUCAAGGAAGUCAAGCACAACCAUGGUGUUUAAUUGAAAUGUGUUGUCAAGGAAGUCAAGCACAACCAUGGUGUUUAAUUGAAAUGUGUUGUCAAGGAAGUCAAGCACAACCAUGGUGUUUAAUUGAAAUGUGUUGUCAAGGAAUUCACGCAAGACAAAGUGUGUUAAUUGAACCUGUUGUCAGGGAAUACAAGCACAAGCGUGUCGAACCUUUCGUUGCAAUCAACUCGCUUAAAGAUCAAAGAGAAAUGGUGUACCUGGAAGGGGGGGGGCGGUGAAGGGGAAACAUCCCCGGGGCUUCACUUUUAAAAAAUGUUAACUCAUAACAUUAAAUCUAAAAAUGAGUAUGAAUUAGGGGUGUAAUUUUGUAAGAUGGACCCCAGGUGGCAAUUGAGUCCAGACGCGUCACAGACAAAAAAACACAGUUCUGCAUCCCCCAGAGAGGUUAAUUAAUUUUUUUUUUUUUUUUUUUUUAAAAGGACAGGAAGUUUCAAAUUGGAAAACGCUUCACUCCCGGGAAUGCAAGACAUGUAAGGAAAAAAAAAAGUCUCGCCAUAUAUAUAUAGAAACAAUAAUUAGACUGUGCAUUGGGAGAGUCAAACCAUCGAAGAAACGAGACAUAUGUCUGAACCAACUCUCCUGAGAAUCUGUUUUUAAGCACCGGAAAUGGACUCUCCUCUUGUUUCUAUUAACUUUAAGUUGAGAGAUCUGGGGGGCUUUGUCUUUACAUAAGCAUGUCAAUGGGGCAGCGACCUCCUGUUUCGUAUUUUAAUAAAUAUAUAUAUCGAAUUGCAGCAUGGGCGGCGUCUUAAUAGUUCAUCCGGGACUUUGCCAAAAAUCAAUGAAUUCAAAAUCGGAUGAUAAUCGUAAAUGGCUGAAUCUGAAAUUAGUUUUUAUCCCGAGUGUCUCCCGGAAAUGCUGAAAGAUGAAAUUACAGAUCAAUAAAUUAUGCAGCCGUCUUCAUGUCAUUAGUUAAUGUAUCCUUAGUUUCCACAUUCAAAAUCUCUUCCCCCCCCCCUUUUUUUUUUUUACAGUGAAUGGAACUAUUAAUGGAACAGCUUAUUACCAUGGUUGAUGCAAUUUUUUGGGGCGGCCCCUAGGUUUAGUGGCUUUUGGAUUUUUGAGAUUUAGACCGGUCCAGGCCACUUUGGGGGACGGCUUUUUUUUUUUUUUUUUUGGGGGGGGGGGGGGGUUUAUCGACACAGUGACCUGGUCUCUCCAUGUCAGCAUAAUCUUUAAGCGCGGCGCACACGCGGUGCCACAGAAGAAGAAGAAGAAGAAAAAAACGUUGUGGUGCCGCACUACUCGAGACAAGUGGUUCUUAAAGUGGGUUUAACCAAUCUCCCAACCUCGGGGUACAGCGUGAUCGCUUGGUGUCGCGCAAAUUGGUCGAUACUUUUAAGAGGCCAUAAGUAUGGAGGAGAUGCCCGGAUUAAACUUUUGUGAAUGUUGGUUAACCCAGUUAAAUUAAAAAAAAAACAACAACAAAACAACUUAAAAUUAGAUGAAUGAUUUUUUUUAAUCAGCGGUUAUCAACCUGUUGGUAGCGACGCCUUUUUUGGGGGGGUAGAACGACCCUUACACAGGGGUCCCCUAAAACCAUUGGAAAACGCAUAUUUGUGAAGUAGCAACGAAAAUAAAUUUAUGGUUGAGGGUCACCACAACAUGAGGGACAGUAUUAAGGGAUCGCGGCAUUAGGAAGGUUGAGAACCACUGUUUUAUAUAAAUGUAAAAAAAAAUGUAAAAAAAAAAAUAAAAAAAAAAAAAAAAAAAAAUGAAAUGCUUUUAAGAACUCUUUGAGUUUUGUUAAGAUAGGAUAGACAUGAUUACCCCAUACCUUGCCUUGACGCCAAAUUCCGUGAUGAAGUAUAAGGCAGCAUAUUACACUCAGUUAAAUGAGCGAUGGGCUCGCCAGUGGAGAAAGGCCCGCGUAUAAUUGAGAACCAGACGGUGGCCGCUCCAUCAGUUAUCCAACGCCGCGCUCCUGAGAGAAAGAUAUCAACGGAAUACGUCGGUUUAAGCAGCGUCAUGCCGAGGGUAACGAAUGCCGGCCGUCGGGGAAAUAGCAGUGGUCAUUGCACGUGGGAUAACGAGGUCGGCGCGCUCACCGCACGUGAAAUAGACACGUCAUUGGUGAAAUUGAAUCGGUCGCAUCUUUAUCUUUCCGUGACAGAAACGACAGAAAGAAAAAAAAAAAAGAGGAUUUCAAGUUAUUGUAUUAGUGGGAAAAAAAAAAGUAGGUUUUUAUUUACUUUUUUUUUUUUUUUCUUUUUNCCUUGGGACCGUUUGGGGCGCCACAGAUGACUUGAAAACUACCCUUCUCCAUUCCUCUUUGUUUUCCGCACUUCGCAUGCAUAGCAUCGCCUAGUUUUUGUCCCCGUCCACUCUUUGAUGUUAUCUUCCCAUCUUUUUCUCUGUCUUCCUCUUCUUCUCUCCCCCCCCCCCUCUCGUUGUGCCCAUCAUGAUUUCUUUGGUGAGCCCUUGUUUUCUUGUCACGUGGCCCUACCAUUCCCGUUUUCAACUUUGUUUACACUUUAAAUAGGACUAACAAAUAACAGGAGAAUGCCAUCCUGAUGAAUGGUUCAGGUGAGACCAAAGGAUUCGUUAGAAGAUCGGGUCGGUGCACCAUUUGAAUUAUAUUGAUAGGCGUCCGUAAAGAGAUCUGUACUUUUUUCUUUUUUUCUUUUCUUUUCUUGCCCAGGACAUUUUGGCAUUCUACGUCAGUUUUUAAACAUGAGAUUAUUCUUCAUUGUCUUGUUCUGUCGAUAGCUGUCUCUCCAUCACAUUCUUUUUCACUCUCUUUCUCCUCCCUCUUCUCUCUCUAUGCACUUUCUCUCUUUCUCUCUCUCUUUCUCUCUCUCUCUCGCUCUGCCCACUCUCUCUCUCUUCCCUUCUCUUUUUCUCACUCCCCCAUUCUCUCUCUCCCCAUUCUCUCUCUCCACUCUCUUUCUCUUUUCCUCUCUCUGUUUCUCUCCCUCUCUCUCUCGCUCUCCGCCUUUCUCUCUCCCCUCUCCUUUUCUCUCUCGCAUUCUCUCUUGCUCACUCCCCUCUCUCUCUUUCUCUCUCUUUUUCUCUCUCUUUUUCUCUCUCUCCCCCCUCUUUCUCUCUCUCUCUUUCUCGCUCCCCCUCUCUCUCUUUCUUUCUCUCUCUCUCCCCCUCUCUCUUUUUCUCUCUCUCCCACUCUUUCUCUCUCUCUUUCUCGCUCCCCUCUCUCUCUUUCUUUCUCUCUCUCUCUUUCUCUCCCUCUCUCCCUGUCACCCCCUCUCUCCCCUCACUCUCUCUCCUCUCUCUCCACAAACAAACUGACCCUCUUCCCACAAAGACGUGCACACUUUACCGACUCUCUACUUCGCUCUUUCUUUCAGUCUCCGACCUCCCACCCCACUCUCUCUCUUCUCUCUAUUUUCUUUAUCUCUCGCCUCUCUCUCUCUCGCUCUGUCUCUUCUGUGUUCUUCUCUCUCUCUUUUCUUUCCCACUCUUCUCUCUCUGUCUCUGCUCUCUUCUCUCCUCCCUUCUCUGCUGUCUUCUCACGCUCAAAGGAGUGCAAAAUACCCCAUCUUUUCUCAAACACAUACUAACUGCCCUUAAGUUCUCCCUUGCUCGCCCUCCUCUCUCUCUCCGUGUCAUAUUACAUCACUCUCCAACUUGCUCUGUCUUUGUCAUUCUCACUGCCUGGUCUACCUCGUUUUUUCUCUCCCUGUUUCUCUCUCUCUCUCAACGAGGCCGUUGUACUACAAAUACUUGUUGCGUAGGCGUUAUCUUCUAUAAUGAUUGUACACCCACUUUUUUUGGUAUGUUUUCCCCUUUCCAAGUUGCUGUUGUCCCUACCCCCCUCCGUCCCUCACACCCCCCACGGGUUGCGUCACCCGGUGGUCGGUGUUGUCUUGGUAUUUGAGUCACGGACGGUGGAGACGCGGAGAUUGUCACGGCUGAUCGUUUUAGGUUGGCUUCUUGGAGAAAUCGUGUGUCCCGUGUGGGACCCCGGGGGUGCUGGUUUUAUGGGGUCGGACACAACGUUCAAACAGUUGAUGGCUUAAUGAUCCAAUAAGUUUGACUUGAGUUAACUCCUUUACUGUCUGUGAGAAUGGAUUAUUAGAGCGUGUUCCCCCCUCUCUCUCUCUCUCUCUCUUUCUCUCUCUCUUCCUCUAUCUCUCUCUCUUCCUCCCUCUCUCUCUCUUCCUCUCUCUUUUCCUCUCUCUCUUCCUCUCUCUCUCUCUUUCUCUCUCUUCCCCCCUCUCUCUCUCUUCCUCUCUCUCUCUCUUUCUCUCUCUCUCUCUUUCUCUCUCUCUUUCUCUCUCUUCCUCUAUCUCUCUCUCUUCCUCUCUCUCUCUUCCUCUCUCUCUCUCUCUCUCUUUCUCUCUCUCUUCCUCCAUCUCUCUCUUCCCCCCUCUCUCUCUCUCUCUUCCUCUAUCUCUCUCUCCCUCUAACUCUCUCUCUUCUCUCUCUCUCUCUCUCUCUCUCUCUCUUUCUCUCUCUCUCUCUCUCUCUCUCUCUUUCUCUCUCUUCCUCUCUCUCUCUCUCUCCCUCUCUCUCUCUCCCUCUCUCUCUCUCUCUCUCUUUCUCUCUCUCUUCCUCCAUCUCUCUCUUCCCCCCUCUCUCUCUCUCUCUUCCUCUAUCUCUCUCUCCCUCUAACUCUCUCUCUUCCUCUCUCUCUCACCCUCCCAAUCUCUCUCUCUCUCUCUUUAAGUCAACAGUUCUUAUUUUCAAACAGUUGCAACCAAUGUCUUUGAACACAAUUACACGUUUAAAUCAAACGCACUAAAAGGUCUAUAUGUCUAUUGGGGCUAUUAAACCAAAAUGUGACCAUGUAGAUUUCAGACACAAGCCAUCACAAUUUCGUAACACUUUGUGCAUCAGAUUUUUAAAGGCAGACUUUUGUCGUUUGUGUUAACGUUUCACCACUCUUCGAUUAGACUAUCGUGUGAAAUUUUCUAUUUUAAAAAAAAAAAAUGUGGGGAGUGUGGGUGGAGAGGGACGAGGGUAUCCAUGUAUCACGGUUAGGUAGGGAGACCAAUUGUUAAAAUGGAAAAAAACACUACCGUUAACUGCUGCAACAACGUCUGGCCAUUUCCUCUUUAAAUUUCAUUUUGUCUCAUGAAACACGUUCUGCCUAUAUGCCAAUUCGCCAACACCCCCACGCCCCACGCCCCAAACCACCCAAGAUAUUACUUCCGGGUGCGGCUGUUCAUUGCAAUUCUUUGUCUGCAGACACAACCAUUGUAAUCUUGAUGGAAGCAGACACAGCCAUAGUAACGUUAUAGAAGCAGACAGAAUUCUCGUAAUAUAGAAGCAGAAAGAACCAUUGUAAUCUAGACGUAGACAGAACCAUUGCACCAACCAUUGCAAUCCAGAAGUAGACAGAACCAUUGUAAUCUAGAAGCAGACAGAACCAUUAUAAUCUAGAAGCGGACAGAACCAUUGUAAUCUAGAAGCAGGUAGAACCAUUGUAAUCUAGAAGCAGACAGAACUAUUGUAAUCUAGAAGCAAGCAGAACCAUUGUAAUCUAGAAGCAGACAUAACCAUUGUAAUCUAGAAGCAGAAAGAACCAUUGUAGUCUAGAAGCAGACAGAACUAUUGUAAUCUAGAAGCAGACAGAACUAUUGUAAUCUAGAAGAGGGCAGAACCAUUGUAACCAAGAAGCAGACAGAACCAUUGUAACCAAGAAGCAGACAGAACCAUUAUAAUCUAGAAGCGGACAGAACCAUUGUAAUCUAGAAGCAGGUAGAACCAUUGUAAUCUAGAAGCAGACAGAACUAUUGUAAUCUAGAAGCAAGCAGAACCAUUGUAAUCUAGAAGCAGACAGAACCAUUGUAAUCUAGAAGCAGAAAGAACCAUUGUAGUCUAGAAGCAGACAGAACUAUUGUAAUCUAGAAGCAGACAGAACUAUUGUAAUCUAGAAGCAGGCAGAACUAUUGUAAUCUAGAAGCAGAAAAAACCAUUGUAAUCUAGAAGCAGACAGAACCAGUGUAACCUAGAAGCAGACAGAAUCAUUGUAAUCUAGAAGCAGACAGAACCAUUGUAACCAAGAAGCAGACAGAACCAUUGUAACCAAGAAGCAGACAGAACCAUUGUAACCUAGAAGCAGACAGAACCAUUGUAAUCUAGAAGCAGACAGAUCCAUUGUAACCAAGAAGCAGACAGAACCAUUGCAAUCUAGAAGCAGAGCAAUAGCUGUGCACUUUUGUCCGACAACUGCUGUUUUUGUUUUUUGCUUUGGGGGUGGAGGGAGCCCGGGGGGGGGAGGAGGGGGUGGGGGCUAUUUUGGGCAGUCGCAUGACACGGUUUCAAGAAGGCUUAUGAGAAAUGUCUUCGACCGCUCAACGUGAUGGCCUUGAUAUGAUGAUACCUUUGGGUCGCUCUGAGCACAACCCCCCCCCCCCCCCUCUUUCCUGAUUUUUGUUUCACGUGUAGAGCCUGGGGAUGACAGGUGGAUAAAAUUAAAAUCUGUUUACUGAAAUCGUAGCCCCCCGUUGUCCCUGAGUUCUUCAAAGACCCAAUUUUUUCGAAAGACAAUAGUAUGUUAAAUUAUUUUUUUUAUUUUAUUUUAUUUUUUUUUUUUGUUGUAAUCUCCAAAAUAUUUUUGCAUGGAGUCGAAGCUUUAUGCGAGAGUGGAGUCAUUGAAUCACUGUCAGGCACGGACCAAAUCAUCUUCUCCUUUUGUAAUUUUAAUAAUUUUUUUUUCGACCACAUGAAAUAUGAAUUGUCUAGACUUAUCGCAAGCGUGGCACUUAUUGUUGUUCUGUACAAUUACUUUAUGAAGACAACGGCAUAUUUGUGGCACUUAGUGUUGUUCUGUACAAUUACUUUAUGAAGACAACGGCAUAUUUGCCGGGGUUAAUGGCCCGGACAUUAGCGCACUGGUCGGAGUCGAAUUAGUAAAAAAAAAAAAAUUAAUUUUCUUGAAGAGAUUGGUAUAGACUAUUCUGAAAUUGGCUCACACGACAUUAUACUCUAUUUGGAGGAAGAAUCUGAAAUAAUUUUCUGAUCGUUUCUACAUGGAUGACUUUAUUUAAAUUAAUUGGGUAGGCACAGCUGUUUUCAAAUUUUGAUUUAUUUCUUCUUUUACACCUUUACGAAAAAAAAGUCAAAACUAAUUUUUUUUGUCAAAUACACACCAUUGAAACCAUUUGAUUAUUGUAGGCUGUUUUGACAAGUUGUUUAGUUCAGCGUCCCCCCAAAUGGUGAUCUGUGGACCGCCACCGGCCCGCGAGCCUUACGUUGCCGGUCCGCACAACAUGAAUAAUUUUGGUCAAAUAAAGAUAUAAUUUAUACAUCUUCCACCGGUGCCUGGUGCAAUUUCGAAACGUGUCAACUGGUUCUCCAAAUUUGAAGUUUUGGGAAAAGCUGUUUAAGAUUGCAUUAGGUGUAUGAUCAUAUAGAAAAAAUUGCACCCAUUAAUGUAAGAAUAAGGGAAAUUAAAACUAGCAGAAUUAAUUUUUUCCGCAUCGAAUUUUAUUCCUGUAAAAAAAUAUCUUGCCCCCACCCAUGUAAACAUUAAAUUUAUGACAACGCCUGAUUUAGGGACUCAAGAGCCGAAAAAUUGCCCAACCACCACUUUUGACCAAUACGUUGACAGACACCUGAAAAAUAAAUACAGCCCUUAAGGUCCAUCAUUUUAAAAUGUCGCAAGAGAAUUAGAUAUUUCAAAAGAUAGAUUAAGAGACGAAACGAAGAAACACAACGGUUCAUAACAUUUCAACCCGUAGAUUUUUGUUUUGUUUUUGAUGUUUAAAACGGAAGAGGAUGGCAUUACUGUGCAGUGUGGUUCCGAGGUGCUGAAAAAAAAUAUGUCACUUGGGGGACCACAUUCCGUUAGCAGGCUCUGUACCGCACAAGCUGUGCUUGUUGAGCGAUUCCAUACCCUUCAACAGAAAGGAUUCAGCAAAGGCCUUGUAAUCUGUUUACUGUGCCGAAUAUCAAACGACGCAGUCAUAUGAGUUUCUAUGUAAACAUGCAACAAAAGAUCGACUUUAUGAAGUAUUUAAGCAUGAAGCCGCUAAACGCUAUGAUACUUGUCAUCUUCGUAAAGCCAAAGUUUUACAAUACAAGCCAAUUUUCUGGGUUUUUUUUAACAUGUGGGUUUGGGAGAAAAAAAAAGGGGGGCGGGAACUGGGUGGUGUUCAUCACAAACACUGGUCACUUACGAAACGACAGUGCGUUGUCAUCGAAACUCGCCCCACAGAGAAGGAAAAAAAGGGGGGGGGGACGGGGUCAUGGGGGGUGCGGGGAGAAAAAGGGGUGGGGUAUAGUGAAGCUGAUGGUCAGCUUCUAGGGUUCCAGCGAGCAGGAGGAACUAUCGAGUCCAAGGACGGGGCACAUGUGACAAAACCAGCACUGCGCUGUAGGCGAUUUUUUGAAUAAAUAAAAAGGGAAUUUUGAAACCCUACGUUUUAUGGGGUGAGGUGGUAUACUCGUGUCUCACCCUAAACACUGUGAAGACUUGGUGUUUGUGAAUGGGUUCAGACUACAAUACAGAUAAAAUAACACGAGGGAACCAACGUGAAAUAGAAAUAAUAGUUGUUGUUUUUUAAACCUGGAGAGCUCUCACUUUCUCUCUUUUAAUAUUAUCUCUUUACGGUUUCUCUCUCCCUCCCUCUCUCCCUCCCUCUCCCUCUCUCUCCCUCUCCCUCUCUCUAUCUAUCUAUCUAUCUAUCUAUCUAUCUAUCUAUCUAUCUAUCUAUCUAUCUAUCUAUCUAUCUAUCUAUCUAUCUAUCUAUCUAUCUAUCUAUCUAUCUAUCUAUCUAUCUAUCUAUCUAUCUNUCUGUCUGUCUGUCUGUCUGUCUGUCUGUCUGUCUGUCUGUCUGUCUGUCUGUCUGUCUGUCUGUCUGUCUGUCUGUCUGUCUGUCUGUCUGUCUGUCUGUCUGUCUGUCUGUCUGUCUGUCUGUCUGUCUGUCUGUCUGUCUGUCUGUCUGUCUGUCUGUCUGUCUGUCUGUCUGUCUGUCUGUCUGUCUGUCUGUCUGUCUGUCUGUCUGUCUGUCUGUCUGUCUGUCUGUCUGUCUGUCUGUCUGUCUGUCUGUCUGUCUGUCUGUCUGUCUGUCUGUCUGUCUGUCUGUCUGUCUGUCUGUCUGUCUGUCUGUCUGUCUGUCUGUCUGUCCGUCCGUCCGUCCGUCCGUCCGUCCGUCCGUCCGUCCGCCCGCCCGCCCGCCCGCCCGCCCGCCCGCCCGCCCGCCCGCCCGCCCGCCCGUCCGUCCGUCCGUCCGUCCGUCCGUCCGUCCGUCCGUCCGUCCGUCCGUCCGUCCGUCCGUCCGUCUGUCUGUCUGUCUGUCUGUCUGUCUGUCUGUCUGUCUGUCUGUCUGUCUGUCUGUCUCUUUCUCUGCACAGCCUACCAUCUCUACUGUCAUUCUUGUAUACGUUAAAUGUCAUCUCCGUCUGUCUGAUUUCCUCUCACUCUUUCCAUCUGGCCUCUCUCCCUCUUCCUCUCUCACUUCGACUCACUUUAUUUCCCUCCUUCGUUCUUCCUCUGUUCAAGAAAUGAAGCCCCUAUUGUUUAAUUGUUCAGUUUUCUUUCGACCUGUCGAACCAAUGCUCUACACCGUGCCCUAUAAUCACAGUGCCCAUUAGCGUUUUGUGGAAAAUUACUGAAUGAAAUAAACGAUCCACGUGCCUUUUAGGGAAAUUAAAACAACUAUAAUUGGAUGCCAGCCAAAGGACAACAAAGAACACACACACAAAAGUUCUCAAAAGAAUACAUGCCGCAACGCGUUUUAACGGACGGAGCACGGCAAGUGUUGCCAAAGUGGUGUGUCCCAAAAAAUCUAUGAAACAAAAAAAAAAAAAAAAAAAAAAAAAAUAAAAAAAAAAAAAAAAAAAAAAAAAAAAAAAAAAAAAAAAUGUUUUUGGGGGGGUAUUAAGCAUUCAAAGUACAGGGUGACCAAAAAGAGGAUGUUACAAUUUUUGAAGCCAUCGCUUCUUCAAAUAGUUAACUCCUGUGUCUGGAACUAACGCCAUAAAAUAAUAUUUUUAAAAAAGGGAAAAAAAAAACAAUAACAAAAAAAGCACUCUUUGGAACAAUGUUGGUUUUUCAGAAUUGUAAGUCUUGCCCCUUUACAUCCACUAACAUGAGUAAGGAAGGAGUUGAUUUGUAUAAAUUUUUAAUUAGUUUUGUUGUUGUUAGUCUGCAUGUUUGUCGACAAUUAAAGUUUUUUUGUAUAGUUUCAAUCUAAACAAUUAAAUAUGCGAAAACGACCGUCAUUUUUAAAGGAAAUUUAAACUAGAAUAAUAAAGAUGUCCCUGUGUCAGCUUGUUCUAACAGGAAAAGUCGACAUUUCUGUUCACUUCUGUUGCCGUAGUGUUUUUUAGUCGAUUACUGUAGAGAGAGAUUGAGAACUCCCAACCAUGCGAUAUAUGAGUUGUUACCUAUAAUAAAGGGCAGGGCACUCUAAUAAAUUACCCUGUAAGCCCACGUUUCGCAGCUCUGCGAUGGUCUCCCCUGACAUCAGCGGCAGUGGAGAAUUAAAAAUGUAUUUUGUUUGAUAAAAUAUCUAAGCGAUUAAUCCCACCCCCCCCCCCCNCAACAGUUUUGCUUUUGAAAUCAAACAACCCCUUAAAACAAAGAUUUUGGUAUAAAUCCUUCACAUCCAUUUUUUAAAUUAUGUUUUAUAUUAAUAUUCUAAAGUCCCAUCUGCUUUUACACAGCAGAUUUUUUUCACCAACUAUUUCAGAAAAAAACAAAACUGGCGAUAUUAAAAAAAAAAAGAAAAAAAAAAAGAGAAUCUAAUUUGGCGCAGUUAUCGGGAAUUCUAUUUUGUGAAAUCAGUAGCAUAUUAUUUUCUUCAACUUCUAUAGGAAAAAACAGGAAACAAAAUUAAUUUUUUUUUAUUGAGGUUCGGGGUGGGGCUGAAAAUUUGAAAGAAUGUGUUAUCAUCAGCAUCAAGUCUAUAUGCCAAGUUUCAGCUUGGUAAGUUGACGGGAGGUGGGUCAAUUAGCCGUCCGAAGAUUUUGCCAGCCCGCCACGAACAGAGCAAAGUAAAUAUAAAGAAUUUUAAAAAACUUCAAUUGGAAAUUUUUCAAAUAUCUGUUUUGUUCCAUCAGCUUUCUUCACGCAAGGAAGCCAUUUUAUAAGUUUCAUUGAUAAGUUCCAUUGCUAAUGACUUAGUGUAAAAAAAAAAAUACAUCAAAUUAUAUUGCACAUAGCAAUGUUAAGUGUAGAUAAGCUAUUUUAAAGAAAAAAUAAUUUUGGAUCCUUUUCAACAUGAGCACCGGUGUCUAUGCCCCCAGCCCCCCCCCCCAACCCUUGUCUUGUUUGUUUUGUUUGUUGGCGUUGAAAACUUACUUUCGGCGGCUCAGCAAAAUAAAUGCUUACGUCUUUCUGCAUACCGCAGACAACACAUUCCAAUCUUCUUUGUUCUGUCUCGUAACCUUGAGACUAAGAUCUAUGUUCUUUGUCCUAGUCGGGUUGAGGGGGGGGGGUGGCAUUGAAUAGACAGUACCAUUUAGGAAGGAAUAAUAAUAAUAGAACGUUUUCGACUUUAAGGGUUUGAAUUUUAUCGAGAGCCAUUCAUGUUUAAGUACAGCCUGCCGGAAUUGCGUGCUCGAGAGAAAGAUCUGAAAGAUUGUCUGUUACGUCCUUGUGUUUGGGACAAUGCACCACCAGCUUUAAAUGUCAGUUGACUACACUGUUUGGAUGACUGGAGUCGGAAUUUUUAAUACAUUCUUCUCCUCGAAAAGAAACCAUUAAAAAAAUAAUGAUAAAUUUUUUGUCAUUGUUUUAGUUUAAGCAUAUCCUUUGAUUUAAAACAAAGUUUAAAAAAAAAAGUUUUACGACACCAUAGUGUGAGAACCAAUGAGAGUCAUACUGUCAGAAUCAGUGUGACAUAUUCGCACCAACAACUGCAUAGUCUGAGGCUGUUCUUCUGUCCAGGACCCCCCUCUCCCCCCCCCCGGCCACACACACACACACACACACACACACACACACCAACACGCACACACCAACACACACACUUGUUGUUUUCUUCCAAGUAUGACUAAUCCUUCUAUAUUUAAUGGAAAUGUUGCUUGCAUUAAGAUAUUGCAUAAAUAAAGGUGUGCAGAAUAUCACAUUUGCAACUUUCCAUAGAGUACACGCACAAAAUAUGACGUACAUCUAGCGUCGUUUGAUUUGAGAAUGUCACAUUUUUUAAAUGAAGUAUCUAACCACGAAUUGCAAGAAAAUGUCUUUUUUUUUUUUUAUUUUAGCCUUCAUUACAAAAACUAGAUUUAAAAAAAAAUAUAUAAUUUUUAUUUGCCUAUAACAGCUUGGAUACCUUUGGGCUAAUCCUUGGGUGGGAAAAGGUUUUUUGCUUUGUUUUUUUUUUCCUUAAGGAUCAUAAUCGUGAAUAUUUGAGGCGCUUUUUGGACAAAGACAAAUUGCGCGUUAAUUCUUUUUUAAAUUUAAUUUUUAGGGCAAAUGUGGAAUCCCCCCUUUGGGAAAUGAUGCACCGAAUGCUUUAUAUGUUUUGCAUUUUUUUCCCGGUUAAGCUUUUUAUAAUAAUAAUUCCCGAAUGGAUCGUGUCCGCCCCGCUCUCAAUGCGCAUCGUGAUGCGCUCUCAUACAUAAGAAAAAUCUCCGCUCAUUACUCUUGGGCUCUAUACAAAAGUGGCGAGUGGCGGGGCGGUGUGGGCCAGCGGGCCUUAAUUUGCCGAAACCCAAAGCCAAAGGUUAUGAUAAUACAUUCAAUGGGGAGAUAUAGCCGCCAAAGGGAAGAAUAAGACAAUGCCCCUGUUUAGCAAAUGCAAAUGGUAUUUUUUUUUGGGGGGGGGGGGGUGGGGGAAGGAAAAAGUGGAAAAAAACUUAAAUAACAAAAAAAUAUGGUAUGUUUUUUGGGGGGGGGGGGGUGGUGAACGGAAUACUGGGCAAAACACUAAAUAACAGAAAAAAAUGAGGUCAUCGUUAUUGUAAUGCAGAGUCCCAAUGUGGAGCAUACACCGCUAAGGAUCUCUCUCCGUUUUCCCCAUCUGUGUCACCUCAAGUCAUUUCCAAUCACAGCAGACUUACAAAACAGGUCCCUCCUCAAUGAGUUCUUUGACCCUCCACGCUCUCUGGUCGCUCGAGGGUUCCACAUGACAGCCUGCCUCGCGAUGCUUGAAUGCUCUUUCUGACUGACUGAGUGUGUGUGUGUGUGUGUGUGUGCGCGUGUGCUUUUUUUCCUCUUUAGCUCUUAAGUCCAGUUUUUUCUUUAUCUCCGUGGAACGACUUGUCCUUUCCAUAAAAUAACAACAUGUUAUUCUUGUGUGUGUGUGUAUGUGUGUGUGUGUUUUCUUCUUUCAUUUACUUUUUCUAUCGAAACCUUUCUAAAGUGCAUCCCUAUACAAUCAAAUGAUGAGACUACCGAAACCUUAAAGUCUUGCUCAUUUCCCCGAGUCAAUCUCUUAACCUCCUUUAGAGAGCAAAGUACAGCUUCAAAAUAACAAUGGCGGGACAUGCGGAUUAUGUUAGUAGUGAUAGUGCUCACAUUGACAUAGAUAUAAGCUGAAUGGCUCUGUUAGAUAACCGAAGACGUCGCGCGGCCAGGUAAGGCUAGAUAAGUGGGAAUAUAAGGAAAGGGCAUCUCCGAUCGGUGGAGAUUGAUGGCAGGUCACGUGCGACAGGUGGUGAUCUGUGACACGUCCCCUCACAUGCGUAAAUAUCAAUGACAAAUCACAGUGGCGUAGGAAAAGGGUGCGAAAGGAGGGGGUAGGGGGUCCGCUCCGGUCGACAUAUUUUUCUUAUGGGGGCUGGGUGACGUUUUCGGCCAACUUUGAAGUGUGUUUUUGUUUUUUUUGGAAGGGGUGGUGAAAAGUUUUGACAGCCUCGGGCUGCACCAAACCUAAAAAAACCCAUUGCAGGCCAUCUCAAAUUAUUGGAGAUUCAGGUCAACGUAUCUUUCUCUAUGAAUAUAUGAAGGAAAAGUCAGUCUAUUCAUCAUCGCUAUUGACUGGAUAAUGAAAAAAUCUACAGACAAAAAGAAGAAAAGAAUACAGUGAAAACUCUGGGAGACACUGAAGGAACUAGACUUUGCAGAAGACAUUAUACGUCUGUCCCACAACCAGCAAAAAAUGCAGGAAAAGACAAAAGACGUAGCCACCAUUUCAGCACAGCUUAGACUAAAUAUAAAUAAAAGCAAGACAAAGAUCAUGAAGGUAAAUUCUGCACACCAAGAGACAAUCUCUCUGGCAGGAAAGGCACUGGAAGAAGUGGAGUCCUUCACAGCACCAUCGACAUAAAUGGUGGAUCCUACGCAAAUGUAAGGGCCAGACUUGGAAAAGCCAGAGCAGCGUUUGUACUAUAAAAGAAAAUAUGGGAGUCGAAGCAGCAGAAGCUGCAAACCAAAGUUUAACACAAAUGUCAAAACAGUUCUACUAUGUGGAGUAGAGACCGACCGAAUUUCGGCUUCGGUUUCGGCACAGAAAGUGGCCAUUUUAUCACUUUCGGGCAAGUUUCGAUUUCGGCCGAAACUGAAAGUUAACUUUCGGCUUAAUUUCGGUUUCGGCCGAAAGAGAAAAGUUAACUUUCGUUUUUAUUUUGGUUUUCGGCCAAAAUUGUCUUAGACUUUCGGCCAUCCAGCCGAAAGUGACUGAGGUUUCCGUCAUCUAAUUCUCAGCAAAAGAGAUAUUUAACAACAAACUAAGUGACAUUUAAGAACAAACUAAACGAUCUUUAAGAACAAAGAAAGUGAUCUUUAAAAACAAAUAAAGCGAUCUUUAAUACAAAAAAUUAUACAAUCUUAUAGAACAAACUAAGCGAUUUUUAAUAACGAACCAAGUGAUCUUUAAGAAUAAAACAAAUGAUCUUUAAUAGUAAACUAAAUGAUUUAUAAGAAUAAACUAAGCGAUCUUUAACAGAAAACUAAAUGUUCUUCUUCUUCUUCUAUAUCUUAAGGGCCCACGAUCAAUUUAUUGAUCAUUUUGGCUCCUAUGCAUGUAGAUGGGAUUUGCAAUGUUUCUGUUACUGGUGGUGUUGAGGAAAUUAUGCUCUAGGGGUUUGAAGGCUUGAGGCAAUAGACACAAAUGUGUCUAGUGUUGUCGCCUCAACUGUUCCUUUUGAAAGAUGGUUCCAGUCCCUGAUUGUCUUGGGCAGGAAUGAGCAGCUCCUAUACUGGCUUCUUGCUGGUAUGAGCCUGAAUUGCCUGUCAUGGCCUCGUCGCUGUCUAUGGGGGAGAGGGACGAGUUUCUGUUUAAUACUGGAACAGUGGACCAGCCCAUUAUUUAUCUUGUACAUCAUGGAGAGCCUGGAUUGUCGUCGUCGUUUCUCCAAUGGUGACCAGCCUAGUGUUUCUAGCAUGCUGCCAACACUAGAGGUAUUCCUGUAGCGGUUUAGGACAAAGCGUGCUGCUCGUCGCUGGACCGCCUCCAACCUGUCAAUGCUCUUCUGGGUAAAUGGGUCCCAGACUGAAGAUGCAUAAUCUAAAAUCGGACGGAUAAAGGCUUUAUAUGCUCUUUCUUUCACACAGGAGUUGCCAAUCUUUAGAUUUCGCCUUAAGAACCCCAAGGCUUGGUUUGCUUGGUUACAUACAUUGUUAAUAUGCUCGUCCCAGCGGACCUCUCUUUGAAUGGUAACACCCAGGUACUUUACGGAGGAAACUUGCUCAAGAAUAUGGCCGUGCAGUUUGUAUUGGUAGUGUAGAGGAGUACAACUUCUAGAGAUUGAUAGUGUCUGGCACUUGGCAGGGUGAAAUUCCAUGUCCCAGCUCAUCUCCCACUCAGCUAACAGAUUGAGAUCCUGUUGUAGCUGGUCCUGGUCAGAUCUGUUGGCGAUCGUCCUAUACACUGCUGUGUCAUCUGCAAACAGUCUUGCCUGUGAUGUCAGUUUCUCCGGUAGGUCAUUAAUGUAUGCUAGGAACAAACAGGGGCCCAGGACUGAUCCCUGGGGGACCCCUGACUUCACAUUGACAAAGGAGGAGCUUGUACCGCCCACCACUACUGCUUGGCGUCGGUGGCUGAGGAAGCUAGAGAUCCAUGUUUUAGUGGUGCCUUGAAUCCCAUAUAUCUGGAGUUUGUGUAGAAGCAAACUAUGAUUCACCCGGUCAAAUGCUUUUGCGAAGUCCAUUACUAGCACGUCAGUCUGCUUGUGGUUCUCCAGAUUGGUCAUCAAGUCUUCUACAAAUUCGAGAAGCUGGGUCUCACAUGACCUAUUGACUCGGAAGCCAUGUUGACAGUCAUUGAGUAUAUUUUGGCUUUCAAGAUGCUUCAUGGCAGAGCUUACGAUUAUGUGCUCCAACAGUUUGCAGACGACGCUAGUGAGGGAUAUCGGACGAUAGUUGGCAGGGUCGGAAUGCUCCCCUUUCUUGUAAAUUGGAGUAACAUGCACUGUUCUCCAGUCUGCUGGAACAUUUCCUGUGCAUAGUGACGAUUGGAAGAGGAUUGUCAGUGCAGGAGCGAUUUCUUUGGCUAAUUCUGUGAGCACUCGUGGUUUAAUGUUGUCAGGACCACAUGCUUUGUAAGGGUUAAUGGUAUUGAGGAGGGCUAAUCCACCUUGUUCUGAUAUCUGGAUAUCUCCCAUGAUAGGUUGGGCUCUGUUCAUCAUUUUGGUCUUCAGAAGGAACUCAGUCUCAGAGUACUCUCUACCGUCACCAAAGACCGACUGGAACUGCUGAUUGAGUAUCUCCGCCUGUGCUUUUGGGUCAGAUGUCAAUUGGCCAUCCCACCUCAAGGGGGAAACUCCAGCGUUUGAGGACUUUUGGUGUUUCACAUAGCUCCAGAAGCGCUUGUUCUUGACAUCUUUGGUCGGGGUGUCUUCCUCUGAGAAGAUGCCGUUCAUGUAGUUCCAAUACGAUCUACGCAAUAAGCGUUGAAUGGUUCGGCGGAGUCUCAGUACCUCCUCUCUCAGUUCAAUCGAGCCAUUUUUCUUCAUGCGUUUGUAUUGGCGGUCUCUCCUGUGGAUGAGCCUACGAAUUUCAGCCGUGACCCAUGGCUGAUUUAUCCUAGGUUUGGUGAUUUGGUGUUGUAUAAAUUUCUUCACUGCAUCAGUGAUUGUAGUCUUAAACUUCACCCACAGCUCGUCUGUUGUCGCUGUACCUUGAAUCACCUUCAUGUUUGAGCUUAGCUCUGUGGUUGCAAUCCUUAGGCCAUCCCAGUCUGCCUUGGCAUAAAUUGGGAUUUCUCGAAUGAUUUGUUUCAUUUUUAGUCUGUUGACCUGAAAUUCACAAUAAGGAAUGCUGUGGUUCUUUAGGAACAAACUAUAAGAUCUUUAAGAACAAAGUAAGUGAUCUUAGGGAACAAAAUCAAUUAUAAAUCAGAACAAACUAAGCGAUCUGUAUGAAAAAACUAAGCAAUCUUCAACAACAAAAUAAGCGAUCUUUAAGAACAAACUAAACGAUUUUUAAUAAAAAAAAAAUAUCUAUACAAACAAACUAAAUGAUCUUUAAAAACAAACUGAACGAUCUUUAACAACAACUAAGCGAUAUUUUAGAACAAAAUCAAUGACCUUUAAGAACAAACUUAACAAUCUUUAUGAGCAAACUAAACGAUCUUUUAAUAACACAAACUUAGCGAUCUUUAAGAAAAAAACUCAGCGAUCUUUUUUGAAGAAACAAAAUUAUUUUUAAUAAUAAACUAAAAUAUCUUUUUAAAAAACCAAGUGAUCUUUAAGAAAAAACUAAGCGAUCUUUAAAAACAAAAUAAGCGAUCUUAAAAACCAAAAUAAACGAUUUUUAACAACCAACGAAGCGAUCUUUAUGAACAAACUAACCGAUCAUUAAAAACAAAUAAAGCGAUCAUUAAAAAAAAAACUGAACGAUCUUUAACAACAAACUAAACGAUCUUUAAGAAAAAACUAAGCGAUCUUUAACAACAAGAUCUUAUAUUAGAUGUUUAUUUAUUAAUAGUCACGAUUAUCUCAUUUGUUUAAUAAAAAGAAUGUAAAUGUUUAUACUUUCUCCCAUCAUUUUCGAUGUAUGCAGAAUAUAUGCAGGAACGAAUUUCAAAAUAUAUAAAUAUUUCAUUUUCAGUUUCGGCUUCUGUUUCGGCUUCGGCCGAAAGUCAUUUUUAACUUUCGGUACUUUUUCGGUUUUGGCCGAAAGUCAUUUUUAAACUUUCGGUAUUUUUUCGGUUUCGGUCGAAAGCCAUUUUAAGCUUUCGGCCUAUUUUCGGCUUCGGCCGAAAUCAGAAAAUCACGUUCGGUCAGUCUCUAAUAUGGAGCAGAAACUUGGAAAACAACGACGAGGAUAACGCAGAAAGUACAAACCUUCAUAAACAUUUGCCUUUGAAAGAUCCUGAACAUCAAAUGGCAAAAUACCAUUACGAAGAAAGAUCUACUAGAAAGGACUCACCAGGUGUCCAUCGACGAAGACAUGUUUAAGAAAAGAUGAAGGUGGAUAGGGCAUACUCUCCGACCCUGACCCCCCCCCCCAAUAGCAUCCCCACACAAAUUCUAACAUGGAAUACACGGGGAAUAAGAAAGAGGGGAAGGCAAAAGAAUACAUGGAGACGUGAGCCAGAGGCAGACACGCAAAAUAUGGGAUACACCUGGAAGCAACUGGAAAGGAAAGUACGGGAAAGUGAUAAAUGGAGAAUUCUUGUGGACGGCCUAUGCCCCAGACGGGUUGUAAAGGCAUAAGAAAAAGAAGAACAUAACUGAACACUUUUCCUGCUGCGUGUCAAUUCCUAACCCACCAACUGCUUUCUUGGUGACCUCACUUAAUCCGUACAAUUAAUAUAGGGAUGGUUAAUGCAGUUUUAAAUAAAUGUUUUUGUUGCCAAUAUGAAGCUGCAAAUGCGCUCCUUAGGGCUUAACUCCUGGACCCAGGUUCUGGAUGCCUCUGGGUUUGAUAUGAGAUUCAAAACAACCAAGCAUCGAUCAAACUCAGUUUGACAGGCACAGGAAAAUUGGGAAUUUAGGAGUUAAGUUGUGACCGCGGUUGUAAGAAUAAUACAUUGCCCCUUAUUUCAGUGGAAGCACGAGGUCUUCUUUUAAAUUAAACUUGGAGCACAUCAAAUCCGAUCGUAGCAAAAUGGGGCAGGUCACCGCAGGUUCAUUUAGAGCCGGAAUGUACGUCAACGCAUUUCAAGUUCCAGAGUUGUUUUUUUUUUUUAUAUCUCGUUGGGACUCUGCCGCGUCUGUAUAAAUUCCAUUCAACUUUGAACGACCGGGGGAAUGUUUGGAAACGGACCAAUGACGUCCAAUUAGCCUUUACAUCAGUUCAGUAAGAAGUAGAACAGGGAGAAUUCGGUCGGCGUAUUUGGGGAAACUCAUUUAUCUCUGCCAAUAACUCCCAGGUGACGACGAGACUUUACAAAAGUCAAGCUGAUUUCAAGAACUGGUAUAAACUGAAAAUUGAGGCCAUACAAUUUUGAUUGAAACGUAUUGGAAAAUGGAAAUAGAAAUUAACCUGUAAUAGACAAUUAAAAAAAAAAUUUAGAUUAAAAUCGAUUGUUGUUACUGUUUGAUAUCAAUUCUAGUUUUAAUUAUAUAUUUUUAAAAAUAAAAUAAUAAUAGUAAUAAUCAAAUACAUGUUUGCCGUCAUUUGCCUCAGUCGGAGUUCUGAGGUAUCUCCGGCCACGGAAACAAGCUUAUUAAUGAGUCUGUGGUGUGCAUUAGCAACAAUUUAUUUAACGGCAAAGAAAAAAAAAAUACAGUCAAACCGAACAGUUAAGUCUUUAAAUUUCAAUACAAUUUUCCAUCCCUCUAUUCCCCAGAGCUACGGAUCCACACUCUGCCCACGAACCUGGGAUGGC